AUGAGUCCCGGCCUCAACUACACCUUCCGAGUGCUGGCCUUCAACCGCGUGGGUAUGUCGGAGCCGAGCGAGGACACGGCCGAGUGCUCGGCGCCGGGCCUGCCGCCGGACUUCCACCCCGAGAACGUCACCGUGACUGGGCCUGCCCCCGGGACCCUGCACAUCUCCUGGGAGGUAAAGACGUCCGUGUCCAAGGGGGAUGUGUCUGAAGAUGACAUGGAGCCCGAGGACCACAACGGCCCCGACUUCCAGUACAAGGUGUCUUGGCGUGCUCUUGAUGACGACGACGAUGACGACGACGCCGACGGGGACGACGGAAACACGACCGUUGCCGAGGAGGACGAGGACGAGGACGGCUGGCACACGAAGAUGAUCGAGGACUGGGAAGAGUCGGAGCUGGAGCUGGAGAACCUGCCGCCCUACCAGGAGUACGAGGUGCAGGUGGAGGCGCGCAACUCCUACGGCGAGGCCCUUGAAGAAGCCGACGUCAUAACAGGCUUCUCUGGCCAAGACGAGCCCGAAGAUGCGCCCGCGAAGGUCAGGGUUGCCGACGCUGACGCAACGGAUGUUGUUCUCACUUGGAAGCCUAUCGACGAAGAUUCCCUGAACGGCCCUCUCCUUGGCUAUAAGGUUGUCGCCUCUUCCUCCUCCAGGUGGAGUACUGGGAGGAGUCAGACGACAGUGACCCGGAGGAGGUCCUGGCGACGGGUCCUGCAGCCCGCGCCUGAGCUCACGGGUCUCCGCCCCUUCACCACCUACCACGCCCGCAUCAGCGUUGCCAACACAGAGUACACGGGGCCGUUCAGCGACACAGUGGAAUUCAUGACUGCUGAAGGAGACGCUGGUCCAGUCUCUGAUCUGGAGGUGCGAGCAAUGGGCGUUGACAGUCUGGUCGUGAGGUGGGACGCUCCCGACGAUCCUCAGGGCGUAAUCCUCGGAUACGAAGUCAGGUACCAGAAAGUGGACGAGGACGGGGAGGAGGAGUGGGAGCACUACGAGGAGGACAUCCCCGCCUCCACCAGGAUGGUCAAGCUCUCCGACUUAGAGGAGGAGGUCAGCUAUGAGGUCAGCGUCGCUGCCGUGAACGGAGCCGGAGAAGGUGAAUGGACAUCUUCCACGGUCGACCUGGAAGCCUCUGAACCACAGGUGCCAGCUGUGCCUGUAUUCAGCUGGUCUUUCCAGAAGGAAGCCGAGGAGGACCACACAGACAAAGACGGGGACGGCGAUGUGGACGAGGAAGACAUCCGGAAUCAGAACAUGAUCAUCGGUGAUACCGAUGGGGAUGGUGACGUCGACGAGGACGACGUCCUGGAUACAGAUAAUGACGGGGAUAUCGACGAAGAAGAUAUCGAAGUCGCUGACAUCGAUAAUGAUGGGGACGUCGACGAAGAUGAUGUGAGAGCUGCAGACAGGGACGGCGAUGGAGAUGUCGAUAUUGCUGACAUUGGUGAUGAAGACGGAGACGGCGAUUUCGAUGGAGACGACGUUAUCGCAGCUGAUGAGGACGGAGACGGCGAUAUCGACGCAGCAGAUGAGGACGAGGAAAAUGUUCUUUUGGAUGACAAAAAUGAAGAUGGAGUAAUCGAUGAAGACGAUGUUGGCGAUAUCAACAACGAUGGAAUUAUCGACGAAGAAGACUUAGCUGCAGCAGAUAUCGAUAAUGACGGGGAUGUCGACGAAGAUGACCUUCACAUUGCCGAUAAAGACGGAGAUGGGGAUGUCGACGCAGCAGACGUCAUCGACCUGGACGGCGAUGGAAGAGUUGACGGGGAUGACCUCGAAGUCACAGACAAAGAUGGCGACGGCGAUAUUGACGCUCGGGAUUACAAACUGAAGACGAUGUUCUUGUCGGAUGUGGAUGGCGAUGGAGAUAUUGACUCUGAUGAUGUUAUCGACACUGACAAUGAUGGUGACAUUGACGAAGCUGAUAUAGCUAUUGCCGAUAUUGAUAACGAUGGGGAUGUAGACAUCGAUGACGUUAAAGCAGCCGAUAGGGAUGGUGACGGUGAUGUUGAUAUUGCAGACAUAGGAGAUGAAGAUGAUGAUGGCGAUAUUGAUGGGCAGGAUGUUAUCCUUGCUGAUAAAGAUGGUGAUGGUGAUAUUGAUGCAAGCGAUGAUGAUGAAGAGGAUUCUCUCCUCGAGGAUCGUAAUGGUGACGGCACCAUCGAUCGUGAUGACGUAGGAGACCUCGACGGUGAUGGUGAUGUGGAUCUAGAAGAUUUUCAGGCUGCAGAUAUAGACGACGAUGGUGACGUAGAUGAGGAUGAUGUCAAGGCAGCCGACAGAGAUGGUGAUGGAGAUGUUGACGCCGCUGACGUCCUUGACCUUGAUGGCGACGGCAAAAUUGAUGGUGAUGACCUAGAAAUGGAAGAUCGCGAUGGUGAUGGUGACAUUGACGUCAAGGAUGUAAAAUAUCAACAUACAUUGCUUGCAGACACGGACAAUGAUGGAGACAUUGAUGAAGAUGACGUUUUAGAUAUUGAUGGUGAUGGAGAUAUUGAUGAAACUGACAUCAAGGCAGCAGAUCUUGAUGAUGAUGGUGACGUAGACGAGGAUGAUCUGAAGCAGAAUGACAGAGACGGAGACAACGACGUCGAUGCGUCGGACGUCCAGGACCUUGACGGCGACGGCUUCAUAGACGAAGACGAUCUGGAUGUGAAGGACAAGGACGGCGACGGUGACAUUGACUCGGACGACUUCCGACUCCGAAAGGUCAUCCUCGCCGACACGGACAACGACGGCGACAUCGAUGUGGAUGACGUCCUUGAUAUGGACAAUGACGGUGACGUCGACCAGGAAGAUAUUGAUGUUGCUGACAUUGAUAACGAUGGUGACGUGGACAAGUAUGACAUCGCGGCUGCCGACAGGGACCAUGAUGGAGACGUCGACGUAGCUGAUAUUGGAGACGAGGAUGGCGACGGGGACGUAGACGGGGAUGAUGUGAUCAAGGCCGACAAAGAUGGUGAUGGUGACAUCGAUAAUGAGGACGAUGAUGGAGAGCGUGUGCUUCUGUCGGACACGGAUGGCGACGGGGACAUCGACGUCGCCGACAUCGAUAAUGACGGUGAUAUUGACGAAGACGACAGAAAAGCUGCUGACAUCGACAACGAUGGCGACGUCGACAAAGACGACGUGGCCGCGGCGGACCGAGACGGAGACGGGGACGUCGAUGCGGCUGACAUCCUAGACGUUGACGGCGACGGCGACAUUGACGCCAAGGACCUCAUGGGAGGAGAUAAGGACGGCGACGGAGAUAUCGACCAGGCGGACGUGGAGAACAUGGACGUGUUCCUCAAGGAUACGGACGGCGACGGCGACGUUGACGAGGACGACGUGCUUGACACGGAUCACGAUGGAGAUGUGGAUGAAGAGGACAUCGCUGUGGCGGACAUUGACAACGACGGCGACGUCGAUAUGGACGACGUGAUUGCGGCCGACCAGGAUGGCGACGGAGAUGUCGAUUUCAAAGAUAUUGGAGACGAGGAUGGAGAUGGAGACAUUGACGGCGACGACCUGGAGGCAGCAGACCGAGACGGCGACGGCGACGUGGACGCGGCCGACGACGGGCGCGGAGUCGACGUCGUCAUCAACUGGAAGCCCGAUUUCGAGAAACACCCCGGAGUCGACUUCUAUGUAGAAAGCAGGAUCCAGGGGACGAGUGAGUGGCAGUCCUCGCCCGUGGAGCGCCGCCACCUGCACCAGACGCUGAGCGGCCUGGAUCCUCGCCGGAACUACGAGGUGCGCGUCGUGGCGCGGGACGGCGACUACGAGACGCCCUCGGGGAUCACUGUCAUCCAGGCUUCCGAAGACAUGGGCCAGGAGGAGCCGACGGUCGGGGCGGUGGUGGAGGACAACCCGAUCCUGUGGACGUGGUUCGUCAUCGCCGUCAUGGCCUCUGUCACGAUGAUCUGCGUCGUGUUCUUCUCGAUGUGGGUGUACAGUCACCGCAUGGCCCGUGUGGCUGAGCUGCGAGCGAGCCUGUACGAGGGCUACGAACCCGCGCAGGCCGAGCCCACCAAGAAGGACGCCGACGUGGAGGCCGCCAAGCCGGAGGAGGUCGUCGAGGACGAGAUGACGGCCAACUUCCAGCGCAAGCAACUCGCGGCCAUGAUGAAGCGCCAGGAGACCGUGCAGAGCGUGGACUCGUUCGCAUCCCACGACGACGACUUCGCUGAGUACGGCGACGAGAGCAUGGGUCGCUUCACCGACGACGGAUCCCUCAUCCACCAGCGAGUGUGAGGGGCGCCGACGCCGCCGGAGCUCGGAGCGCGCGCCGACGCCGAGGACGACCCCGCCGUGACAUCCAGCUCGGCUUCAGACUUCUUCUCAGAGACAAAUUCCUAUCGCCAGAGUUGCGGCGCCUCUCUCACGCCACCACAAUCCUGUCAUCAUCAGCCAUCUCUCUCAUCGCCAACGCUGUUGUGUCAUCACGAGAUCAGAGCCACUCGGCGCGGUAGGAUCAUGCGAUAUGGCUUCCCGGGCUUCCUCUUCAUUGACUCUGUAUCCAUGAUGUCUUGUCAUGAACUCGUGUGUCCGAGUUCGUAUUGUUCCGAGGGAUAUGCGUCUGGGGAAAAUGUAUGGAAGUGUGUAUGUGUGUGCAUCGGUGUGCAUACGUGUACACGCAUGCGCAUGCACAACACUAACAUGCGUAUAGACCAAUGCACUUUCCAUUUUUUUUUUUCUGAUAUUUAAAAGCAGCGUUUCAUAUACUAGCUAUUUUUCCUCGGCAGUCACUAUGAAGACAUGAGUCAUCGCAUCUCUGCCGUGCCCGGAAUACCCCCAAUAACACCCAGUCUUUGUCUAGGCUGUCACGUCACUGACUGUUGAACUGCGUCUCCCUGUUCAGAUGAGUCUAUAUGAUGCUUUAAACAAGAGAAAUAGUUGUUCAGGAAGUGAAGAGUUUGUCACGGAACAGAAGUCGGUCCUUCGUUUGAGAGAACGAGCAAAAUUUUAGAGCGCUAGUUACUUGGCAAAGCGGGACUAAUGACUUCCUUGGACUGGUCGAUGGACCGAGAUGGUGUAUGUCAUACUACUAGGUGUUAUUCUAUAUCAGAACAUGUUUGCUGGUGUUCCUGUAGGUACAACUGCCCCAUGUAGACGCCCCUGAAGCAUGCGGAACACAGCCAGUGGGCGGCCUGGUCGGUCUCCGCAGCCCUUGCCAUAGGCUGACAAACCAACAAAGGGAAUCUGUAAAAAGAACGGCGGAGCUGCCUUACAGAGCUCGCUCACUUGCCGAGCGACGUCUUGUUUUACUUGUUCCCGCUAAAUGUUCUGGUGAAGAGAACAAAUGCAUUUGGGAAACAGCCCCAGAAUGUUUCAAUGUUAUUUCCAUUUUGCAAAUUCGAAUUUGAUUUUUAUAUAACAAAACAAUAUAAGCUACGCAACAAAUAUAUUAGUUUAUUAAAGAAAAAUAAAUGAAAAUAUAUAUAUAUAUAAAACUUGUCUAGUACUUAGUGCCUUUUGCGUGGCGUCACACACCAUCUAGUAGUAUUACACUACUGAAAUAGUCAUAUGAAUUAAGGCUUAUGCUUAGCCUUAAAAUGUCUAAACCUAAGUGAUGGCCAUUUAAAAUGCCUGCAACUUGCACUGAGGUCUGACCCGUCAUCUCACACACAUGUCAAGUGAGCAGCCACAUGUCAUAUGACUUUUUGCGCGCCAUCUGUGUUAUGUGUAACCUCGUCGAAAGUAGCUUCAUCUGUUUCCCGUCACCUCUCGGGGUCUUCAGCAUUCUAGUGUCAGGCGGCGAGCACGCGGCCAGAGCUCUCGCUCGAGGCAGACGACUCGAGGAGGAGCUCUCCACGGCUGCACGUGCGCCCUCAGGAUUCGAGGCGCCCGGCCUUGCCUAUGACAUGAACUCAUCAUAGAAACGAUACUGGAGAAGUGACUCAUCCUGUGCAUAACGUUAUAAAAACCAAUCCUGUGAAUAUUGUUAUUAAAGUGGUUGUCUUCUGUGCAACAUUUUUCAGAUUUUAUAUUUGUGUACAACACUAAGAUCUUACUGGUUAUCAGUCUUGUUUGAAGAUGGAGACUGGCUCUUUGGGUUCGGAAUUUCAGACCCGACCUUGCUUUUAGCUGCAAAGAGGCACUUUACAGCUUAUAAGGUACUCUUUCUGAAAAGUAUGUUGAGGAGGUAGCGUGCUGCAGCUCCGAUAAAUAUAGUGUUGUUAAAGAUAUGAUUAUUUCAGUGUCAGUGUCUGUACUCAAAACUUCAUUCAUACAAAGUAUUCUGUUAGACCUCGUGCUGGUUACAGGUAUUGUUCUCUGAAAGUUCUUAUAUGUAUUUUUUUUAAUCCCGUGCUGAACCUUGUAAAGUUGAUACUUGUGUUGGAACUGUAAACCACUGAUAACUUAUUUGUGUAAUGUUGGUCUUCCGUGAAACUUCCUUUUAAAAGGAUAUAUCAAUGCUGACAUACGGACAUAGCGUUAAUAUCUAUUUUCCCUGUAGCAGUGUGUGUCUGGACAAGAUGAAUAUGAUGCUGUGAGGCCGCGGCUGUGUGCCACGCCGACUGGAUCUAUUCAGUUCACGUGAAUGUGUAAAGAAAUGUUAUUCAUUAUGUAAAUGUGUGUUCUCACAUGUAUGUCAUGCCUGUGUACAAGACUACAGUAAACUGAUCCCAAAAAUUUAUUUGCAUUACAAACAUUAUAAUCCUAUUUCAAUGUCAUGUACUGGGAGCUUGUACUUGCAUAACUCUACGUACGCUGUACAAAAGAUGCAUGUAAUUUUGUACAUAAAUGUAGAUAUACUUGUGAAUAUAUAUGAAGUGUAUCUGUAGAUGUAUGAGGUACAUGUUUACGCAUGUCAGAAGUGAAUUUUCUUAAGGAAGAAAUUAUUAGAAUAGAAAAUAUUACCAGUGAAUUUACAGUCACAAUGAAUUUUUUUUUUUUCAAAGAAAAUAUAAAAGAAGAUCCAAUGUCCAGUACUGAUUAGGGGAUCGAUAUAUGCAGUACUUCUACACAGGAUACGUUGAGCUUGGUACCUCCCGCGCUGCUCUCCGUCGCUCAGGUUCAACGUUCGUUCGACGGAAGGUGACUUCGCAGAGAUGUAGGUGUGGCAGAAAAGGAAGUUGAUUAUGUGAAGCGUUAUAUAUACUUGUAUCUGAAUAAAUACAUCCUCGUCCUCCUGUUCUUCUUCCCUAAUCUUUUCUUCUUAAUAUUUCAAAUUUCCAAUAAAGAGUUCUGUUAAAAGAAA